UAAACAUGAUGCCUGAAGGAGGAGGAGGAGAAGGAGGAGCGCAGAGCCUCUCCACGGUGCGCUCUGACCACCAAUCAACGGCUCCUUCAGCCAUGUUGGGACUUCUCCUGGAAGUUUAAAGCAGCUGCUGCGCGUGUUUCAUCCGAAGGACGAAGAAAACACGAAGAGUUGGUCCGAGUAAACUUUGCGCCACAAUGAAUACAGCAACCGCGGUCCGGAUUAUUGGCACAGCGCAGAGAAAAUGCGCACAGACUUUGAGACGACCUGCGCCGCUGCUGCUGCCAGUCUCCACUUCCGCAUAAAUCUACAGUCACUGUUUAGCUGUGUGGAGGAGCAGAGGCAUCACACUCCUCCAUUCUCCCGUUCUGUCCACCACUGCUCCGUGUGUUCUGGGUUAAGUCCUGGUGUCUGUCUCCAGGUCCAGUCGUGUCUCCAGUCCACUCAGCCCGUCCCCGCUGCCCGGCUGCCCUACAGAGUGAAGGUGUCUGCUGGGAAACGCUACGCCUGGUGUGCUUGUGGUCACAGCAAGAAACAGCCUUUCUGUGAUGGCGCUCACAGGACCAACGCUCCCAGCAUCCCUCCUGUCCGCUUCACUCCCGAUAAAGACCGGACGGUGAUGCUGUGCGCCUGCAAACAAACAAAAAACGCUCCGUACUGCGACGGCUCACAUCUCAAAGUCAUCUUUCAGGACGUCGUGAAGUCAGUGAAAGGCAUCUUUAAAUAACUGGGAUAUCAACCCUGUGAGGCCAAAGUGGAGCAAAAUAACCUCAUAGCAACAGAAUGAUGUUGUUCAACAAUGUGUGUGGGUAAAAAUCUAAAUUAUUUACUGCUGUUUGUCAAUGCUGGUGAGAUGAGAUAUAUAAUGGAUUAAAUUACAGCAGCUUCUUACUGGUCUGAGUUUGGACACACUCCUAAAAAUUACAGCAUGUCCGUCCUGACGUCAGUACUACUUCUAAUAAAGAAUAUUACAAACUAUUUCAGCUCCUGAGUCUGAACGUUGGAGGAGCUUCUGCAGAGUUCUGAUAUCUUUUUAGAGCACACUUUGAUGGAGACGGCGGAUCUUGAACCAAAAAUUUACCCCUCUGAGCAGUUUGUUUGAUUUUAUACAUUUGACAUUUCUUUAUCAGCAGCUGCAGAAAUACACAAAUAAAGAAUUACUGUCCAUCGCUGUGUUAUUCAGGGAAUUCAGUGUAAUGUGUGUUAAAGGCUGAUUUAUUAUUUUUAAGCUAGAAAAAUACUGCAUGUCCAUAUAUGUGUUGGUGUUUGAGGUCGGUUAUAAUGUGCCUUUGAAUGUUUUACUUUGUCUCAUGUACUGUAUUACAUCUGAUAAUAAAAUAUGAAAAGAAUCUUAUUUAAA